AUGGUUAUGCUAUUAUGGAGUUUAUGGAAACACCGUAAUUUAAAGGUUUGGGAGGAUGUUACGGAGUCAUGUGCAGCUGUGAUUGAAAGAGCUAAAUUUAUGCUAGAUGAUUGGGAGUUUGCUAACAGUUUGCGAACAGAUAUGCAGCCCGCAACUCAGCCUGCACCACACGGUCUGCAGCAACAGGCUGCUGCUGUGAACAGUUCAGCUGCUGUUCUUGCGGCAUCUGCUACUGCUGAACCGCAACAGAUCAAAUGGCAGCCCCCUGCGAGUGGUCGUUUGAAAUGUAACGUUGUCGCGGCUUUUUCUAUCCCCCAUAACCGCACCGGUGUUGGCAUUUGCUUGCGAGACGACGAAGGGACUUUUGUCCUUGCCAAAACUGUGAACUUUGAAGGUGUGUACUCUGUUGAGGUGGGAGAUGUAACACCCGUUUUCUCAACUUGA